CUCGCCCCAAAAUUCACUUCACUGCUCCUCGCCGAAACGCCGCCGUUUCCCCCCGAAUACCAACUCCUUCUCCUCUCACACGCACUCCUAAAAUCCCCGACACACCGAACCAAAAACCCACAGCCGUGAAAACCCUCUUUACCUCUUUUUCUUCUUGUUCCUCAGUCUCUCCGUUGAGAUUCCGAGGUCGUCAUCAUCAUCAUCAUCAUCAUCAUCAUCACCCACCACCGUUAUCCAUUGAUUCCGCUCGCUCCCCUCGAAGAAGAGAAGGCGAGAAUCGGGGAUUCGGAUACCGAUAUGGCGGUGUCGGACGCGGUGGUGGGGAACCUGACGACGAUCUACGUGGCGGUGAUCGCGGCGAUCAAGGCGUACGGGCUGUUGUCCGGCCGCAGCUUCGGCGGCGGCCUCAUCCUGGUCCUCUCCACGGCGGUGGUGGGCCUCAUCCUCGUCGCCACGCUGACGUGGGACGUGUCCCAGAAGGCCGCCCACGCGAUCGCCCGGGACGACGACGACGACGACCGCCCCCCCCACGAGGUGUCCUGCAAGGGCGGCAUCUGCUGGCACGGCGUCGCCGUCAAGUCCCCGGCCUCCCAGGUCCGGUUCCGCCUCCCCCAGCAUCAGCAGCAGCAGCCGCCGCCGCCGCCGCCGCCGCCGCAGCACGGCGCCGCCCCUCUGUGAAUACGACGUCGAUUUCCGCCCUUCUUUUUGCCCAUUUUCUUCCUUUCUUCUUUACUUUUUCUCCCAUUUUUUGUGUUUAGUUGAAUGAAUUUUGGUGACGGGAUUGGGAUGUGAGGUUACGCUGUCCGCCGUGGUAGGAUGCAGAGUCUCUGUCUACAGCUGGUCGGCCAUCGUUCGUCGGUCAUCCAAGCUUGGGUUUUUCCUUGUCGAAAAUCAAUAUGGGUGUUCUCUCCUUUUCCUCCUUUUCCUUGCAACAUAUCGAGGGAAAGAACGUGUAUACUUUCUUUGUGAGAUAAAUAAAGAAGGCAAAUACGAGUGGAAUGUUACGUGGGGUCUGA